AAAGAGCACAGGUCAAAGAAACAGAGUAAAGGAAGAAACGAUCCACACUUCUUUUCCGCAGUGGCGAUGGACACUAGGAUCGGAUCGGUGGACGGGGCCGCGGAGGCGAAGGCGAACGGCGUCGUGGGCUGCCCCCCGGCGGCACAGUGCUGCUCCGUCGGCCCCGCUGCGCCGGCUUCGGUGGCGGCGAUAGCCGAGGCCACCCUCGGACGCCACCUCGCCCGCCGCCUCGUCCAGGUGGGCGCCCACGACGUCUUCGCUGUACCCGGCGACUUCAACCUUACCCUCCUCGACCACCUCAUCGCCGAGCCGGGCCUCCGCCUCAUCGGGUGCUGCAACGAGCUCAACGCCGGGUACGCCGCCGAUGGAUACGCCCGCUCCCGGGGCGUCGGCGCCUGUGUCGUGACCUUCACCGUCGGCGGCCUCAGCGUGCUCAACGCCAUAGCGGGCGCCUACAGCGAGAACCUCCCGUUGAUCUGCAUCGUAGGCGGGCCCAAUUCCAACGAUUACGGGACCAACCGCGUCCUCCAUCACACCAUCGGCCUCUCCGACUUCUCCCAGGAACUCCGGUGCUUCCAGACAGUCACCUGCUUCCAGGCGGUGGUUAAUAACCUGGAUGACGCUCACGAACUCAUCGACACCGCGAUCUCCACCGCUCUCAAGGAGAGCAAGCCCGUCUACAUCAGUGUCAGCUGCAAUCUCCCCGGCAUCGCGCAUCCGACCUUCAGCCGCGAGCCCGUCCCCUUCUGUAUCUCUCCCAGAUUGAGCAACCAGAUGGGACUGGAAGCCGCUGUCGAGGCCGCGGCGCAGGUCCUGAAUAAGGCCGUGAAGCCGGUGCUGGUCGGCGGCCCCAAGAUCCGGGUCGCGAAGGCCGGAAAGGCCUUCGUGGAGCUCGCCGACGCCUCCGGCUACCCCAUCGCCGUGAUGCCGUCGGCCAAGGGCCUCGUCCCGGAGCACCACCCCAGGUUCCUUGGCACCUACUGGGGCGCCGUGAGCACGGCUUUCUGCGCCGAGAUCGUGGAGUCGGCGGACGCCUACCUCUUCGCCGGCCCCAUCUUCAACGACUACAGCUCCGUCGGGUACUCCCUCCUCCUCAAGAAGGAGAAGGCUAUAAUCGUCCAGCCCGACCGGGUGGUGGUCGCCAACGGCCCGGCCUUCGGGUGCAUCCUCAUGAAGGACUUCCUCCUCGAGCUUGCGAAGAGGCUCAACACGAACACCACCGCGCACGAGAACUACCGAAGGAUCUACGUGCCCGAGGGACAGCCACUGGAGUGCCAACCCAAGGAGCCAUUGAGGGUGAACGUGCUUUUCAAGCACAUCCAACGGAUGCUGUCGGAGAACACUGCCGUGAUCGCCGAGACAGGGGACUCAUGGUUCAACUGCCAGAAGCUGAAACUGCCGGAGGGAUGCGGAUACGAGUUCCAAAUGCAGUAUGGAUCGAUCGGUUGGUCCGUCGGAGCGACGCUCGGGUAUGCACAGGCCGCAAAGGAUAAGCGCGUGAUCGCCUGCAUCGGCGAUGGAAGCUUUCAGGUGACAGCCCAGGAUGUGUCGACGAUGCUGAGGUGCGGCCAGAACACCAUCAUCUUCCUCAUAAACAAUGGCGGGUACACGAUUGAGGUCGAGAUCCAUGAUGGGCCUUACAAUGUCAUCAAGAACUGGAACUACACUGGUCUGGUGGAUGCCAUCCACAACGGCGAGGGCAAUUGCUGGACCGCAAAGGUCACGUGUGAGGAGGAGCUCAAGGAGGCAAUCGAGGCAGCGAUGGGGGCGAAGAAAGAUUGCCUCUGCUUCAUAGAGAUCAUCGUGCACAAGGAUGAUACCAGCAAAGAGUUGCUCGAGUGGGGCUCCAGGGUUUCAGCAGCCAACAGCAGGCCUCCAAACCCUCAGUAACACCACCGCAAAAGAACCUCCACGACGAAGCCGCUUCUAUCAUCGGUUUAGUUGCUGAGAUUGUUCUCCUGUGACGAAUAAUUGCUAUGCACUUUACCAAUUACUGUCAUCUUUGCAAAGGAAUUGUUCAGCUACAUUAAGAAUCCCUUUAGAUCUGCA